CAUUAAAAAAAGCCCACCGUAUAUAAUUCUUAACCGAAACUACCCCUAAACCCUAAACAUCCCGCGACGCUCUCUCUUCUUCGAGCCCUCUCUCUUUGUCUCCCAAGCAUUUAACGUACAACAAUGGCGACGGCUUCUUUGGGCGAAGAUACUGCCAAGGCUGUUCUUCGCCAGGUGGAGUUUUACUUCAGCGAUAGCAAUAUUCCAAGAGACGAUUUUCUCAAGAAAAAAAUCAGCGAGAGUGAAGAUGGCAUGGUCAGUUUGGCAUUGAUUUGUUCGUUUUCAAAGAUGAGAGCACAUUUGAAUUUAGGGGCUGUGAAGGCAGAAGAUGUACCAGAGCUUACUUUGAAAGCCGUUGCUGAAACUCUCAGAGCUUCCUCUUCCCUCAAGGUUUCUGAAGAUGGGAAGAAAGUUGGUAGAAGCACUGAGCUAUUAGAGCACGAGGAGUUGAUAGAGCAAUUGGACAGUAGAACAAUUGCUGCCUCACCAUUCGAGUGCAAUGUCAAGAGGGAGGAUGUGGAAGCCUUUUUUGGCCAGUAUGCUAAGGUUAAUAGUGUAAGGUUGCCUCGUCAUGUGGCACACAGAAAGUACUUUUGUGGCACUGCUUUGAUUGAGUUCUCAGCUGAGGAGGAUGCUCAAAAGGUGCUGGAGCAAAGCUUGGUUUUUGCAGGUGCUGAGCUGGAACUAAAACCAAAGAAGGAUUUUGAUGCUAUAAGAGAACAAGAAGCAGAGGAGCUUGAGGAUUAUCGUCAGAGCACAGGUUCAAAUGGUGAUUUCAACUCAAAUGGAGGAGAAAAAUACCCCAAGGGCUUACUUGUUGGAUUUACAUUAAAGAGCAUUUCAGCUGGGGACUCUGCAGAGCAAAAUGGUUCUGAUGAACUCGCUAAGGAUGGUCCUAAUGCUUGUAAAAUAGAAGUAGGGUUAGACUCAGGGAAAGCUACUGGAAGCAGUGAAAAGAAGACUACAGAAAAUGACAAUGACAACAAAGAAAAGAUUGAAGAGAAACAUGUUGUGUGGAGUGAAGGAAUGAACACCAAAAAUCCCAUUCAAAAGGUUGAAGAGAAGGAAGAUAAAUCCACUGCAUCUAUCUAUAAAAAUGAUAUGAAUGUUGUUUUGCGUGAGGAUUUGAAGGGUGUCUUUCAAAAAUUUGGCACUGUAAAGUAUGUUGACUUCAAAGUUGGAGAGGAUAAGGGUUACAUACGGUUUGAUGCACCUGAAGCAGCCCAGAAAGCUCGUGCUGCUGCGGUCCUGGCUAAAGAAGGUGGUUUGGUUGUCAAAAAUUUCGUUGCUACUUUAGAACCAGUAACUGGUGAUGCUGAGAGGGAGUAUUGGAGUCUACUUCGUGGUAACCAAGAAAAGCAUCGGGAAAGCAAGCGUUAUCCAGCAAGGGGAGGAAAGCACUACAGGGGUGGAAAACAUUCCCAUGGUAGAGAAAACGCUCCUCCAGGAGGUCGUCCAAAUAAAGCUAGAAAAACCGGAUCAGCAUGAGAGGAUCUAUUGACUUGAGAUGGGUUUUGAGAUCAUUUGUGCACCAUAGCUUGAGAAUUUUUGGGGGGAAAGAAGCCAUGGUGCUUGUUCAUUUCUGGUUGAAGUUAGCCAUAAGUUCUAUUCAUUUGCUUUAAUGUAACAUGUUGCCAUACGUUUUUGUAUGUCGAAUAAUUUUAACAUAUGUUAUUUUGAUGCCCUUUAGUUUUUCAAGUUAACUGUGAAGAUGUGAAUUA